AUGCUGCACAGAAGUCCAUCUGGAGCGAAACGGAAGAUUCGGCAGAAACGGACAGCUGCCGAGGAAGCCGCCCUAUCCCGUCCAUCUCCGUUCCUCUCCCCAUCAAGUUCAUCCUCUCAAACUUCAAUAUCACCAACACCGACGGAAACUUCAUCCAACUACCGGUCUCUCAUAGAUUCCGGUGACUAUCAAUCAAUCCUUCCGGAUUUCGACCCAUCAUUUGUUCCAGUGCCUACACCGAGAUUAUCCGUGCCAUUCUCCAACUCGAUGAGCUCAUUGGAACUCUCCUCCAACACAACCAUCAGUUCACCGGUGACGACUCCAGUCGCUGCUGCACCUCCAUUGCCUAUACCACCACCGAUCACUGCUAAACCAACAGUUGAGGUACAUCCAAUGCCAACCGACGAGCGCAGUCCCUCUAUGGCAUCUUCGUUAAAUGGAUCCAUUGAUAUCGACCUCUACAAACCGAAGCCUCCAGUGCCAAUCAAGCCAAAAGGACUCAGAAUUGACCAUCUCAAUCGCUCCACCUCAAUGACGUCUCUCACCUCUCCAUCGCCUCUCCAACACACCACAUCAUCAUUCCUCAACAACUUCAUGGCAACACCAUCACUCAUAAAUCUCCAACAAGGCUACCGUAAUCCAGAUCUCGGUAGUCAAGACUUGGCACGUCUUGAUGCGACAAGACACGAGAGUAUUCAGAAGGUGUCGAGGAAGUUGAGCACAUAUGAGGAGGAGAAGAAUAUUAUUGAGAAUGAGUUGGAUGAGACCGAACGAACCGGUGCCCGUCUUCUAUCAAUCGUCGAGCAACACGACAAAAAUCUGGCGUCCCGAGUCCGCCGCUAUCUCGACAAAAGCAAAGAAUUGGUGGGGAUUGAGACGAAUCUCCGAUUACAGUUGAGCAAGUUAAACGAACGGAUUAAGGAUGGAGUCAUUGAUAUACAAUCCGCCAGAGCCGAAGAGUCAUAUCUUCAGAAACGAUUCAAGGAUACCGACUUUUUGAGAAAGAUCAGUGCGAGGAGGGAGAGUGAUUAUGAUAAGGAAUUGUCGGAAAUCUUCACGGAAGACCAAUUCCGUCGAUGGGUUUUGUUCAAGCAGGCGACCGUCCAACUCCUCCAAACCGAGUCGUCCGUCAGCUACUUCAUCCGAGAAUCGAAUGCGAAACUUGACGCUUUGCAUCUUGUGCCACGUGGCACAAGUGCCUAA